AUGAACCCCAACGCACGAAGCUUCAACUUCAACCCCAACGCCCAGGGCUUUGUGCCCCCGGGCGCUCAGCAGCAGGGGGGCAACCCCUAUGGCCAGCAGCAGCAGCAGCAGCAGGGCGGCUACUACCAGCAGGGCUUCAACCAGCAGGGCUUCAACGGCGGCUUCACCGGCCAGCAGCAGCAGCCCUACGGCCAGCAGUACCCGCAGGGCGCGUACGGCGGCGCCUACCAGCAGCAGGGCUUCAACCAGGGCGGCUACGCCCAACAGGGCUUCACUGGACAGCCCGGCGGCGCCUUCCCGCCUCGCGGUGCAUCCUACCAGGGUCAGCCGCGCCAGCACAACAACCUCCCCCAGCAGCAGCAGCAGCAGCAGCAGCAACCCGGCAACGCCUCGAUCCCACCAAAGCCCCAGGGAGCCGCCGGCCUGCCGUCCAACCCGACCGCUGCCGUGGCAGAGGCUCAGGCGGCUCGCAAGCCCGUCUCGCUCUCGAUUGGCGGUGGCAGCAGCAGCAGCACGCCCGCCGCCGCCGCCAACACAGCAAAGGCUGACGGCGAUGCGCCCAGGAAGCCCGUGAGCAUCAGCAUCGGCGGAGGCGCAAAGCCUGCCGCCGACAAGAAGCCCGUCAGCAUCUCGAUUGGCGGCGGCGCAAAGAAGGCCGCCGAGGCGCCCGCGCCAAAGGACAAGUCGGCGGCACCAGCAGCGGCUGCUGCUUCCGAGCCUGCGGCCUCCGACUCCGCAGCAGCGACUCCGGCCCCCGCUGGAGGUGUGGCGGCGGUCAAGGCGGCUGCGGCUGCCGACUCGCCCGCGUCUGCCACGCCCGCUGCCUCGUCGACCACAUCCUCGCCGCGCGCCCAGUCGCCGGCUUUCGCCGCCGCUGCCUCGACGACGACCAAGGCUUCCUCCAAGGCUCUGGCCGUCGAAAAGAGCAAGACCGACGCCGAGCAGGUGCUCGAGGAGGCCACCAAGGCCACCGACGAGGAGACGCUCAAGGACCUGUUCGGCGACAAGUCCGACAGCCUCAAGUCGCACCUCAACAUUGUCUUUAUCGGCCACGUCGAUGCCGGCAAGUCGACCAUGGGCGGCCAGCUGCUCUUCCUCACCGGCAUGGUCGACAAGCGCACCAUGGAGAAGCUCGAGCGCGAGGCCAAGGACGCCGGCCGCGAGUCGUGGUACAUUUCCUGGGCGCUCGACUCGACGUCCCAGGAGCGCGCCCAGGGCAAGACGGUCGAGGUGGGCCGCGCCUACUUUGAGACGGGCAAGCGGAGGUACACGAUCCUCGACGCCCCCGGUCACAAGUCGUUUGUGCCGUCGAUGAUCAGCGGCGCGUCGCAGGCCGACGUGGCCGUGCUCGUCAUUUCGGCGCGCAAGGGCGAGUUUGAGACGGGCUUUGAGCGCGGUGGCCAGACGCGCGAGCACGCCGUGCUGGUCAAGACGGCCGGCGUCCAGCGGCUGGUGGUCGUCGUCAACAAGAUGGACGAGCCGACGGUGCAGUGGGAGCAGAGCCGGUACGACGAGAUUGUCAGCAAGCUGUCGCCCUUCCUGCGCGGCACGGGCUUCAACCCAAAGACGGACGUCACCUUUAUCCCGGUGUCGGCCUACUCGGGCCAGAACCUCAAGGAGCGCGUGCCCAAGGACAUCUGCUCGUGGUACACGGGGCCCAGCCUGCUCGAGUUCCUCGACGACCUGUCGCUGAGCGACCGCAAGAUCAACGCGCCGCUCAAGAUGCCCAUCUCGGAGAAGUACAACGACAUGGGCACCGUCGUCGUGGGCAAGCUCGAGGCGGGCAAGAUCAAAAAGGGCGACUCGCUCGUCCUGAUGCCCAACAAGACGCCCGUCGAGGCCGUGUCGAUCUUCAACGAGCAGGAGGAAGAGGUGCCCGCCGCCAUCUCGGGCGACAAUGUGCGCGUCAAGCUCAAGGGCGUCGACCACGAGGACGUCACCGUCGGCUACGUCCUCUCGGACGCAAAGGAGCCCGUCCACGUCGCCACCCACUUCGAGGCGCAGCUCGCCAUCCUCGAGCACCGCAACAUCAUCUGCGCCGGCUACAGCGCCGUCCUCCACUGCCACACCGUGUCCGAGGAGGUCAACCUGUCGGCCCUGCUCCACUACUACGACAAAAAGACGGGCAAGAAGAGCAAGCGCGGACCCCAAUUCGCCAAAAAGGGCAUGAAGGUCAUCGCCCUCAUCGAGGCCGCCGCGCCCGUCUGCGUCGAGCGCUUCAAGGACUACCCGCAGCUCGGCCGCUUCACGCUGCGCGACGAGGGCCGCACCAUUGCCAUCGGCAAGGUGACAAAGCUCAUCACCAGCGCCGAGGAGAUGCCAGACGUCAGCAAGCUCUCGGUCGAGGCCACGGCGGCGGCCAACUGA